AUGAAAAUAUUUUCAACAUCUUUGCAAAGAAUUCUUUGGAGGAGCUGCGAGCAGAAGCGGCCGCUCAGCUGCAGCGAGCUCAGAAGCAGCUCGAGCGAGCUGCCUGGUCGAGCUCUUUGCACAGUAGCUGCAGAGCUCGAGCUACUCGUGCAGCGGCUCGAGAUGCUUUGCAAAGUACUCGCACGAGCAGCUCGAGCGAGCCGCGCCCAGCUACACGAGCAGCUCGAGCGAGCCGCCGCCGAGCAGCUCGAGGUGCCGCAGCCGCACGCCGAGGUGCCGCUCGAGCCAAGAGCCGUCGUCGCUCGAGAGCUCGAGCCGCCGCAGCCGUGUAGCUCAAGCGAGCUGGGCGAGCAAAGAAAUUUGCGGCUCGACUCCAAAGCUGCAGCGGCUCGAGCUACGGCUCGCUCGAGCUGCGAUAAGCUCGCAGCUCUCGCUCCAGCUCGAGCGAGCUCACGGCAACUCGAGCUCAUAGCAGAUCGAGCCGCUGCAGCUCGAGCUCGAGCGAGCUCGCAGCAGAUCGAGCUGCAGCACGAGCUCGCAGCAGCUCGGGAGGCAGCACUGAGCUCGAGCUCGAGCGAGCUCGCACCACCGGAGCUCGCAGCAGAUCGAGUUGCGACUGGAGCUCGCAGCAGAUCGAGCCUGCGGCUCGAGCUCGCAAGAACUCGAGGCGGCGAGUGGAGCUCGAGCUCGAGCGAGCUCGCACUAACCGGAGCUCGAGCUCGAGCAAGCUCGCACCCGGCUCGAGCGAGCGAAGGGCGAGCUCGACGAGCUGCGGCUCGAGCGAGCGUUGCUCCCCUUCGGCGCGGCAGAUCCGGGCGAGCAACGCCGCUUGAGGACGGCUCGCCGCGCCGAAGGGGGAGCAAGUGCCGACCGGAGAAGGAGCGCCAAAGGGGAGCGACGCGACCGGAGGAGGAGGGCCGAACGGGAAGCGACACCGACCGGGAGGAGGAGGGCCGAACAGGAGCAACGCCAACCGGAAACGCACAGAGUCGCCGGAGUGAGGAGUCGCGGAGAGUCAGCCGAGUGGGAGCCGCCGGAGAGAUGGGGAGACGCCGGAAAAGGAAGAACGAAGCUUCGGCCGAUGAGAGGAGCGACGAGCACGCACGAAGGAGAAGAACCUCAAUCAGAGAGACUCAAAUGAUUAUGCCUCUAUCAGUAGAUGAACUAAUAGGCACACUUCAGUCAUACGAAGUGGAGCAGAUCAAUGAUGAGGAAGAUCCAAAAGAUUCGGAAGAGGAUAUGGAUGAUGAAGAACUAGCCCUUAUGAUAAAGAAAUUCAUAAGACUGAACAGAAAAGGUAGAAGGUUCAAUUGGAAGAAGCAAGGCUUGCAAAAUUUCCAGAAGAAACCUAUAGAAGAAGCUGAAACUAAUAGAGAUGUUUUUGUUUAA